GAAGAGAGAAGAGAGAGAGAGAUGGACCGUCAGAUGGAAAGAUAGGUAGGGAUAGUUAUAUAAGCAUCUCUUACUGGAAAAUGAUUUUAGUAAACUUACUAUUUAGCUAUGCAUAUCAAUCGUUAAUUAAACCGGCACGCAUACACACACGCACACGCACACACAUACGCAUACAUGCAUAAAUUGCAUAAAUACAUACUCACAUGCACAUCUAUGUCGUGCAACAGAUGUCUAACCGUACCUGACAUAAAAGCAGUACACAAAAACAUAUACAUGCAUACGUGUGCGUAUAUAUACAUUUAUUGAACUAUCUACCACAUUCUUGUUUAUAUAUAUAUAUAUAUAUAUAUAUAUAUAUAUAUAUACAUAUAUAUAGUUAGUGAUAGAAAGCGGGAAAUAGAGGGGGAUAUGCAAGAGAGAGAGAGAGAGAGAGUAUAUUGAUGUGUGCUGUGUUUAACAAACAGUCGGGCUAAUAACACCCUCCAUGGAAUUAACAGGAACGGUCCCGAAGUGUGAGGUGAUCACACUGUCUCCCCUCUGCAGCCAGGCAUCUUCUGUACAUUAUAUUCUCGGCAAAUAACCAAAGUUCCACGGAGCAAAUCAUUCAUGUAUUAUUAUUUGUCACUCCUCGUUGAAAACCAUCCAUGAUGACGACGACAACAACAACAACAACAACAACAACUACAACGCCCACAAGUUUUCUGUCACACCGCUGGACAUCCUUCCUGUCACCAUCCCACACCUGCUUCCAAGCAAAGAUUGACAUGAUGGUUCACCUGAUCAAGGCUAAUUACCAGAUGAAGAGUAAUUAAUUACUAGAGAGAGAAAGAGAGAGACUGUGAGGAUUAUUUCACUUUUGUCUCUCCCCGAUACAGAGUUUCCAGCAAAGCUGGUGGCUGUGAUAAAAGGGAAGACUAGUGUUACGAAAGGAAUACAUCUCACAAAGGGACUCAUGUGAUGUGGAUAUAGGUGUUGUUGGAUGAGGCUAUGGCUGCUGCAGAAUUCCAGGGUACAGAUGCUGCCGCCGCCGCUGCUCACUGGCAGGAAAGAUGCCAUACUUUGGAGGCAUCCCUGGAAAAAUUUCGUUUGCAAACGCUUAGGAUACGGGAAGCAUUGGGAGAGCAGAUGAGAGCCUUGGAGGAAAGAGCUAUUGCUGCAGAUGAAAAAGCCAAGGACAGUGAACAGCAGUUAAAUCUAAUGGAACAACGUUUGGCAGCCAUCAAUUGGCAGCCACAGGAUUUAAAUAACAGAGUUCUAGAACUGGAAAAUGUUUUGGAGAGAAAAGAGAAACAUAUUGAUAGUCUGGAGAAGCAAUUAUCAGAACAGGUAAGAAAAAAACAAAGACAACAUGACGCAAAAUUGGUAGAGGAAAAAGCUGUCAAAAUCAAGGAAUGGGUUGCAAGGAAGUUGGAACAACUCGAAGAAGAAAAACACUCGCUGAUUCUUGAAAAUAGUUUAUUACGAGAACAACUACAUGUUUUCAGGGACCGGUACAACUGCCUGCAAUCAUUUCAAGGUCAUUCAUUAUAUCGAGACAGCUUGCAGGAUGAAUCACGGCCUAUGUCAUUUACUGCCACUACUCCACCACCAAUCAAUGUGAAACGCAGGUCAUCAUCUCCAAAUCUUGAUGCUCUCAGUGACCCAAGCCACAACGUGAUCUCAGAAAGCAGCAGUAGCCCAGAAGGGGAGCUAACUUCCCAAAUAUCAGAGGGUGACAGUGAAAACAGCAUCGGUGAAAUUGACCCAAGUGUCGGAGGUUAUCAAGAGGUUGAUCAGAACCACGAAAGUAUCUAUGAACCAAAGCGUGUCUUCUUGCCCCAAAUUAAAAUUGAAAGAAAAUUUUUCACCGAACUUCAACAACUUGAAUCAUUAAUAAAUUCUGGUGGUACAAACGAACAGAUUCUUGAACAGGGUGAUAAUUCAUCAGUAAAAAACGACGAAGAAGAAAAAGGAGAAGAGGAAGACAGCAAUUCAUCAAAGUCAUCAUAUGCAGUUACACCACUAACCCCAAAGUCUCAGACAGUAUCUUUUGUUCCUUUUGCACCGCCAAGUUCUCCUAAUGGUGUUUUUGUGCCACCCCAAAAUUUGCAAUAUGUCUCUGCAUUGGCCACACUGCCCAGAACUAAGUGCCAGCCAGCAUCAAUGAAAUUCAAUGAAGAAAUAUAUUCUCAGGUGCCAAAACGAGAAAUAAGGAUUUCAACGUCAGAUAUCCAGAAGAAUGCUCUUUAUGAUGAGUGGCCAACAUCACCCUUUGAUCGAGAACUUCCUCCAAGGCUCUUAUUAGCUGACCCACCUGACUCAAACGAGUCUGAACCUCUCUAUGAAGAAGUAUGGAAGGGAGCUAAGCAUAAAAGUGGCAGAAAUACAUCCCCAGGUAAAAGAUCCACAGGAGUUCCUUCAAAUACAAUCACAUCAGAUUUCCCGACAUGUAAAGACUUAUACCAGGAGGUUGUCGUUCCAGUGUUUGCAACUCUAAAAGGAAAAGCAGCUCAAAUCCGCAAAUCUCCAUUCAUGGAUGAUACUACAUCAGACUCAUCUGAUGACGAGGCAUGUACUGGAUUAUACAGUGGCCAAUCAGAGGCAAUAGAAUCAGUGACCAGCCCAGUUAGUGGACACACAUUCAGCUCCCUUUCCAUACGAAAGACAGCAAUCAACCAGAGUAGCUCUGGUGCUGUUAAGAGAGGUGUUUCGUGCCAUUCCGAACUCUCAGAUAUCUCCUGCGACUAUGCACUGCCUCCUGAUGAUAUUUCCAGCAAGAGUGAUUCAGAGAGUUCGGAACCUGAACAAAAAAUACUCAAAUAUGCGACAGACAGUCGUAAACAUGACACAUUGGAGAAGUGUGGCUAUCUUUCAAAAUUAGGUGGAAAAGUCAAGAUGUGGAAAAGGAAGUGGUUUGUUCUCAGGAAUGGUGCAUUGUACUAUUACAAAUCUCAGCAUGAUGUGUUGAGAAAACCUCAGGGACACAUACGUCUGGAUAUGCAGACCAAGAUAAAUAAAUCACAAGGCCAACUGACCUUUGAGGUCACUAAUUCCAAAAAAACUUAUUACUUGACUGCCGAUUCUGCCAUGGAAGUUGACCGUUGGGUUCGAUUAAUAAAUAAAGUCGUCAAAAGACAAGCAAGCAGUUAUCUAUUAGACCAAGUGGACUCAAAAGCUAUCGUACGAGGAUGGUUGACAAAGGUUAAGAAUGGUAUGACUAGACGUUGUUGGUGUAUCCUGCUGGGUCGAUAUUUCCUUUACUACAAGACUCCCACAGAUAAGACUCCACUUGGCCAACUGAAUUUGAGAGAUGCCCGUCUUGAUGAGAUAGAUCAUCCAGAUGAGUCUGAUGAGGAUUCAACAGUCAUGAUGGUUGACAGACAUGUUAUUGCUAUAUGGCCACCCUUACAAGGACCAACCUACCUCAUCAUCCCUACAAAACAGGAAAAGGAUUCUUGGUUAUACCACUUGACUGUCGCAGCUGGUGGUGGAACUGGAAAUGUAGGGACAGAAUUUGAACAAAUUGUUGCCAAAGUAAUGGAAGUAGGAGGAAACUUCAAUUCAAUCUAUUGGAAGAACCUGAAGAUGUUACAUACAAAAGAACCAAUCACAUCUCCUCUUACAACACUGCCAUCUGAAGAACUCCAGCAAAAAGGCGUGGAACUGUUUAAGUUGGUGUAUCAGUACAUGGCCACCCAGUUUGACACCCGUGCAUUGGAUUAUCAUGUGACAUUAGCACAAACCAUACUUGGUUUAUGCAUUGACCACCCCCAACUACAGAAUGAGCUCUUCUGUCAGCUGAUACGACAGACAUCACGCCACCCAGUACAAAGCAAGAUGAGUGGGAUGCAGAAUCUGCUCCUCUGUGGUAAACAUUCCUGGUUCAUUUGUGACAGUGCACAUAAAUCUCCAUCAUCAUCCAUCAUGGACCUCUCUGAAUCCAAGCUAAAUCCAGCUCCCUACAUUAUUCAACAAGGCUGGGAGCUGUUGUCUAUGUGUGUAUCUCUCUUCCUGCCUAAACAGAGUGUCAUGUGGUUACUAAAAGUACACCUGCAAAGAAAUGCUGACCCCAAAACUGAGGCAGGGAAAUACGCCAUAUUCUGCCAAAGAGGCUUGGAGAGGACCAUGCAGAAAGACGGACGAGAAGCUAAGCCUUCACGCAUGGAGGUUCUCUCAAUUCUACUGCGACAUCCAUACCAUCACUCUCAACCACUCAGUAUUCCCCUUCAUUUCCUUAACAACACUUAUCAGGUCGUCAGUUUUGAUGGCUCCACCACUGUCACUGAACUGCUUCAGAGCCUUCAGAAAACACUCUAUAUCCGGGACAUCAAGGAAUCAGGGUUUGCACUGUUUACUGAUGACCCCACGGGGCAGGACAUAGAGCAUUGCCUUCCACCCCAAGUAAAGGUAUGUGAUGUUAUAUCUAAAUGGGAACAAGCUUUCCGUGACAGUCACUCAGGGAAAAUAGACUCUAAUAGCACAAUUCGUUUUCUGUUCAAGAAUAGGUUAUAUUUCAAAAGUACUAGUCGAUAUGAAACAGAAAAGGAAAAACUGCUGUUGGCAUAUCAAAUCAAUGAGGAAAUUGUACAGGGUCGAUUCCCUUUGAAUAGGGAUUUGGCUGUAGAAUUAGCAUCAUUAAUGGCACAGAUAGAAUUUGGUGAUGCCAAAGUUGAUCCCAGCAAGGAUUUAAGUAACUGUCAACAACUACAGACUGUACAGAAGAAAUUUUAUCCUGAAAAAUAUCAGACUCACUUGACUGGAUCAGAACAGAGAACCUUAGUAAACACAAUCUACGAAAGAUGGGCUGCACUGCGUGGUCGAAGUGUUAAUGAUUGUGUGCGCAUGUACCUUAAUGUUGUUCGCAAAUGGCCUUUCUGUGGAGCCAAAGUUUUUCUAACUUGUUUUAAAGGCAGGGACCAAAACCAGUUUUGGAUUGCUGUUCAAGAAGAAGGCAUAUCUCUACUGGAUCACACUUCAUUGCAACCAAUCAGCAACUUUGAUUUCAAAUCCGUCGUAACAUUUGGUGGAUGGAAAGAUGAUUUCAUGCUUGUUGUUAACCAAUUGAUUGAGUCAGCUCCCCAUCACUAUGAACAUAGGACAGAGAAAAUGUUGUUUGUACUGCCAAAACCCAAGAUCCUUGAAUUAAGUCUACUAAUUGCUAGUUACAUCAACAGUCGUCUACAACACCCAUCUCCAGACAGUGCUGACGAUAUAUAACCAACCAUCUAGCUCUUUCUCUUCCUGUGUAAUAAAAUUCAUCACUUGCCCUUCGAUUCCUGAAGCUUCCGAUAUUUUAUCCAAUUCACGAAACAAUAAAAAAAAAAAAAAUUUUAAAAAACACCAUGAAAGAAGUACCUGUAACUUCCUGCAAAACAGUUCUUCUCCAGUGACAGAUUCAUUGGUUUGUACCACGACCUAUUUAGGGUCAUUAAGAGGCCCUUGAUGAGAUACUUUUACAGUCCAUGACAUCCUGGUGGAAUCCAUUUCUCUCCUAGCAGAUACAUUCAGCAUUUGGUUAAUAUAAAACGGGUUUCCCCAAGUGUCCACACAUCAGCUUGCAAUCCUGGAACAGCGAUAUAAUGGUGGUGAAAUAAUGAGCACCAUUUCCAGCGCCAAUCAACCAUUUGACAUUUAAUGUAUAUAGACAAUACAUACAUCAAACAUACAUGCAUAUAUGCAUACAUAUACGCAUAUAUAUAUGUAUGUGUGUGUAUACAUAUAUAUAUAUAUAUACAUACACACACACACAUAUAUGUAUAUCCAUCUCUUCAGUUUUUGUCAUUUUAGUUCAUACGUUCCAUUGCAGACAUUUUUUCUUGGUAGGAUCCAAGAAAAUAAAAGGAAAAAGAAAUAAUACCAAACAAAAAACAGAGACUAUUUUUGCUUUGAAAGAUUGUCUAUUGAAGGACACUCUAUUCGUAUCAAGUUUUAUAAUUAUAUAAUCAAGAAAUACCAUUCUUUCAGUUUUUCUCUCUGUCUAUCUAUCUAUCUAUCUAUCUAUCUAUCUAUCUAUCUAUCUAUCUAUCUAUCUAUCUAUCUAUCUAUCGAUCUAUCUAUCUGUCUGUCUCUUUACUUUCUCUCUUCCAGUAAGAGACAGAAGGCAUCAAACGGAAUGAAAACAAUAUAUUCUUAUAUUGAGAUUCUAAAUAUCAGAGAGCAAUAUCUUUAAAAAUAAUCUGUGUUCUUCUAUGUUUAGCAUCCAAUUGAUGAUUAAGGUUUGUUCUGAAG